AUGUCCGAUUCAUUAAGCAAUCUAAUUAGUAUAUAUCAUUUAAACACAUCACAACCAGUUAUCAGCCAAAUAAUUAACGAGCUCAAUGAACGUAAAAAUAUUAUUUCGCUGGCAUGGAUCCCAGGACACGUCGGGAUAAUAGGUAAUGAAGAAGCUGACCUAAAAGCCAAAGAAACCAUUAUUUCCUCCUCUUUUGAAGUAUGCCCCCUCAUAUCUGACCAAGACUUUCAAAAUUCAACAAAAUUCAAGUCCAUGGACGAAUGGCAAAACAUCUGGACCAAUUGCAAUAAUAAUAAACUAAGAGAAAUAAAGCAAUCAGUAUUACCCUGGCCCAAACCAUUCAUAAUGUCCAGAAGGGACGAGGUAAUCCUAGUCCGCCUGCGGAUAGGUCACACCCACAUGACGCACGGUUACCUCAUGGCCAAAGAGGACCCUCCCGCAUGCCCUACAUGUGGAACUCUAAUGUCAGUCAAACAUAUCCUCCUUGAAUGCCACCAGGUCAAUGAAACACGUAUCCAACAGGAACUUCCGGGACCCUAUAUGAGAUACUUGCACCCACUCCAGAGGCGUCAGAUAAACUUAUCAACUUCGUAA